AUGAAAAAGAAAGAAAUGCAGUACGCUCUUCUUCUGGGCGACUCCCUGACACAGCAAGGUUACGAGUCCGGCUGGGCGUCACGCCUCAGCAAGCGUUACGUGCGCCGCGCGGAUGUUAUCAAUCGUGGGCUAAGCGGUUACAACACGCGCUGGGUGCUGGAUAUACUGAAGGAUGAUACGAGGCGUCAGCAGCUUCUUCCCACACAACCUGGUAAGGCGCUGUUCGUGACUCUGAUGCUUGGGUCCAACGAUUGCGCUGGAUUUCCUCAGCAGGUCUCACUGGAUGAAUACGGUGCGAACCUGAGGGCAAUCAUUGACACUGUGCGCAAGCACGUAUGUCCCGUUGGUGGUAUAUUCCUCCUUUCGCCCUCACCGCUGGACGAGAAGGGACGACUUCAGUGGCUGCGUGACGUUGGUUGUGACCCCAAUUCUUGUGGCCGCAGCUUCGAAUCCAUGCGACGCUAUCGCGAUGCUUCUCUGCGGGUUGGGGCCGAGGAGUAUGAGGAGCACGGGGAUGUUUUUACGGUCGACCUGUACCGCGUCUUUCUGGGCAGGAGUGCUGACACGGUGCCGUACGCCGAGGGCUCAUGGUGUGAGUAUUUUUCUGAUGGUCUCCACUUCAACGAGAACGGCGGCCGCGUUGUGUUUGAGGCGCUGUGGUGUGCCAUUGAGAAGUCUGUGAAGGCCAGCCACAUUCUGCCGGACCGUCUUCCGUACGUUCUGCCACCACAUGAAACAUUGGUGGGUGGCAGCUCGUGA